CUCCCGGGGACAGGAUGGGGAUCCCCAGCACACAGGGUGGGGGGCUCAGCUGCCGCGUGCCCGUGGGUGUCCCAAGGGAAAGAGGAGCUGAGGGCAGCCCUGACCGCAGGCUCUCCGGAGCGGGCAGCGGGCCAGCCGGCUCUGGCACCCGGGCCGGAAGUCUGUCCUGCCCCUUCACUGUGACUCUGCAAAACCGUGGGGCGGCGACAGUGACGAUGACGAUGUCUGGGCCAGGAGGAAGCAGAGGGGCCCGGCUGGGCGCUGCACUGCUCGGGGCAGAGCGGAGGGCUCGGCUGAGCAGGACAGAGGAAGCAAGGCCGGCCGCCACAGCCAUGGCUGAGGCCGAAGGCAGAAGCAUCCAUACACAGCACAUCUCGGCCGUGCACAACGUGCCCAUGCGUGUCCUCAUCCGGCCCAUCCCGGCAGAGCUGGAGCCCGGAAAGGUGCAGAGCCUGAUGGAGACCCUGCAGGAGGAUCCCGAGCGGGUGCCCCCCAUCGACGUGCUCUGGAUCAAAGGCAGUGAGGGUGGCGAUUACUUCUACUCCUUCGGGGGCUGCCACCGCUUCGCUGCCCACCAGGCACUCCGCCGGGAGACCAUCCCCGCCAAGAUCAUCCCCUCCACCCUCAGCGACCUCCGUACCUACCUCGGCUCCUCCACGCCCCACCUGCGCUAGCCCAGCACCCCGAGGAUGCCCAGCAGCCCGCUCUGUCUGUGUUGGUUCUGACCCGUGAGCGCCUGGUGAAGAUGUGGUCGGGGUCCCCAGCCCUGGGGAGUCCCCAGGGUCCCUCCAGCCGGGAUGGGUCAAGGUCCCCCAGCCUUGGAGAGUCCCCAGGGUCCCUCCAGCCGGGAUGGGUCAGGCUCUCGCCGGUACCGGGAAGCGCCCGGCUGGGCCGGCAGGUGGCGCUAUUGUGCCGCGCUGCGCCGCCCGGCGCGGCCGCGGGGUCCGGGACGGGACGGGAUGAACCGGGACGGGAUGAACCGGGACGGGAUGAACCGGUUGGGGUGAGAAGAACCGGGGCACGGCUCCAUCGGGAAUAGCUGAACCGUGGUGGAACAGGCUGAACCGGGGCACGGCUCAACCGGGAAUAGCUGAACCGGGAUGGAACGGGCUUAACCGGGGCAUGGCUCAAGCGGGAAUGGCUGAACCGGAGCACACUGGAACUGGGACAAGUCACAGCUCAUUCGGGGCAUAGCUGAACCGGGAAGGGGUACAGAAGAACCGGGACACAACAGAAGCAGCACACAGCCGUACCGGGAAGAGGCACAGCCGACCCGGCAUGGCCAGUCCCCAGCCCUCCCUCAGCGACUCUGGACCUCCAAAAUCCUGUGGGGGGGACACCCGCUGCUGCACCUGGAAUAAAGGUGUUCAAAACUCC